UCCGCGCGCUAGCAGGAAGUACAAGCGAGAGCAGAGAGGCUCGUGCAGGGAUAAGUCGUCUUUUAGCCACGUAUUAAACCUUUAAUUUUUUUUAAAUGGUGAAGUUUAUCGAUAUAUUUACUGUAUUUAUGUGAUGUCGGUUAUUUAAAGUUCGCAAUGCUCCUCCUCUACAGCCCGUAAAGCGUUCCGUUCGAUGGUCAACAGUUAUUGACGUCAGAACCGCUUAUUGUAUGUUUGUGCAUCUUGUCAUUUGUGCACGAAGGGAUUUUAGGGUAGUAAACGGAAAUUCUUUGAAUGGUUGAUUCCGGUUGCAAAUGCUUUGCUCGCCACGACAGCGGGUUGCUACUAUGCAUGCCAUGCGUCUGUGUAUGCAACCAUGCAGCAAUAGUAUGCAAUAGUUAAUGGUGGGUCAGGAUGAGCAGAAACCACAUAAAAGAUGGUGCUGUUGAGUCUCACUGGGAUCACCACAUCCCUCUGCCAAAACUGGGUUCCUUUUACUCCCGGCUGGUGACUGCCUUUGUUGCCCUCAUCUGUUUCAUAAACAGCUAUGAUGGGGACUUUGUCUUUGAUGAUUCAGAAGCCAUCAUCAACAACAAGGAUUUGAAUCCUGCUUCUCCUCUAAGUAACAUCUGGAAAAAUGACUUUUGGGGAAGUAACUUAAGUAGCAACUCCAGUCACAAAUCCUAUCGGCCGCUAACUGUCCUGACUUUCAGGAUAAACUACCUCUUGGCCGGUGGACUGUAUCCAGUUGGUUUCCACUUACUCAACGUUGCCCUCCACUGUGUUAUUUCAGCGUUAAUGAUUGACGUGUUUUCAAUAUUAAUCGGUGGCCUGUCUCACGACGGAAAAGGGUCGAAACUCAGUUUCUCUCCAAAAGCAUCGUUCCUCGCUGCGCUUUUCUUCGCAGCUCACCCGGUUCACACAGAAAGCGUGGCUGGCGUUGUUGGCAGGGCAGAUUUGUUGUGCGCCCUGUUUUUCCAGCUCUCUUUUCUGGUUUACUGCAAAUCAUUUCAAGGUAGCGAUAAAAAAUUCUCUGUGUCAUGGAUAAUUGGUAGCAUUCUUCUGUGUGCUGUCGCCAUGCUUUGCAAGGAGCAAGGUAUCACCGUUUUGGGGGUGAAUGCUGCUUAUGAUAUUCUCAUUGUCUGUAAUCUGAACAUCUAUGAACUUCUUCAACGGCUGCUGUCUAGAAGAAAAACAGCUGAAAUUGGAGAGUGGGUGAGGAACGGUUUGCUAGUGAGGAUGGCUAUUCUCUUUUUUGGUGGCUCUUUUCUUUUAUAUGCGAGAUGGAGGAUCAUGGGUACUGGGCCUCCAUCUUUCACUGAGGUGGAUAACCCAGCAUCCUUUGCUGAAAAUGUCAUCCUGAGGAUUGUGAAUUAUAAUUAUUACUACUCUUUGAAUGCUUGGCUGCUGCUGUGUCCCUGGUGGCUGUGUUUUGAUUGGUCAAUGGGCUGCGUGCCCCUGAUUAAAUCAGCCAGUGAUUGGAGGAUCAUCUGGCCUCUUUUGCUGUGGUGCUGUCUGACAGGCUUGAUAAGUCAAGCUCUGUGCUCACAGGACAGCAAUAAAAGAAGGACUCUGACAUUUGGCUUGGUACUGCUGGUAAUUCCAUUUCUGCCAGCCAGUAAUCUGUUCUUCAGGGUGGGGUUUGUGAUAGCCGAGCGGGUGCUGUACCUCUCUUCUGCCGGCUACUGCCUUAUUCUGGCCUACGCUGUGGGCUACUGUAGCUGCCACUGGAGGAAACACAGGAGGCUGCUGAGAGUGGCCACGUUGGUGCUGCUGUGUGUAAACGUUGUUCGCUCUGCGCAGCGCAGUCAACAGUGGAGGUCUGAGCAGAGUCUCUUCACCAGCGCCUUGUCUGUCUGCCCUCUCAACGCCAAGGUGCAUUAUAAUGUUGGCAAAAACCUUGCUGACAGAGGCAACCAGAGUGCUGCCGUCAAAUACUACAGGGAGGCUGUGAGAUUACACCCUAAGUAUGUUCAUGCCAUGAACAAUCUUGGUAAUAUAUUAAAGGAGAGGAAUGAGUUAUAUGAAGCUGAGGAGCUCCUGUCAGCUGCUGUUCGUGUCCAGCCUGAUUUUGCUGCAGCUUGGAUGAAUUUAGGUAUUGUGCAGAACAGUCUGAAAAGGUUUGAUGAGGCUGAACGGAGCUAUUGGAAUGCUAUUAAAUUCAGGAAGAAAUAUCCAGACUGUUACUACAACUUGGGACGUCUGUAUGCAGAUCUGAACCGCAGCGUGGAUGCACUAAAUGCCUGGAGGAACGCUACCAUGCUGAAGCCGGAGCACAGCUUGGCCUGGAACAACAUGGUUAUACUACUGGACAACACUGGUAACCUGGCUCAGGCUGAGCUGAUUGGAAAGGAAGCAUUAAAGAUAUUGCCAAAAGAUCACACCAUUAUGUUUUCCCUCGCCAAUGUCCUUGGGAAACAGGAGAAAUACAAGGAGUCUGAAGGUUUCUUUCUCAACGCUCUGAAGAUCAACCCAAACUUUGCCAGUUGCCAUGGCAAUCUUGCUGUUCUUUAUCACCGUUGGGGAAAACUAGACUUUGCAAAAAAGCAUUAUGAACUGUCUCUUCGGCUGGACCCCAACGCCCCAGGAACCAAGGAGAACUACAACAUGCUCAAGCGUAAACUGGAACAGAGGCAGAGGACUGUUGGAUAACACUGUUUUUGAUAACUGCAUGCUUCACAUGUUAUCUUUGUAUGUUAUAUAUAUAACUAAAUUAAAUUGAAUCUUGUUAGUGUU